AUGGAGGAUAAAGUCAUCUGUAUCAUCUACAUAUUAGUUAUGGUUUCUAUGGUGGAAAUCCAACCAUUGAUGUUGAAUAGCGAUGCUUUUACAUCUGUUGAUGCGGUAGCAGGAUCCGAGGAGGAAUCUGGGGACGUCAGAAGGAAGCGACAGGCAGACGACUACAGCCGGUUACAGAUUCUGAUGGUAGUGGACUUUGCUGUGUACUCUUGGUUUUACAAACUUACCAACCUACCGGACGCCACGAGACAGGAACGUGAGAAGGCCACAGAGCAGAAUAUCACGCGCUACUACUCAUUUGUCUUCAAUAGGACGAAUGCGCGUUACGAAGGAAUUGUAGACUCUGACGUCAGGAUAAAGCUAGAGUUUGGCGGGCUUAUCAUCGCUAAGAAUGCCACGGCGGCGUACUGGACGGAGGGUCGGCGCGAGGAGCCAGUGGGCGGGUCACUGAGGGACAUGGUGGACGCCUCCGCAGUAUUAGAGGAUUUCCAGGGCUGGGUCAACGACACUAUCCUCACGCCCUUCGACCACAUCGUACUCUUCACGGGGUACAAUCUGACUUACGGCGGAACUGCUUACUACAAAGGUUUAUCAUUCCCGGACUCCAUCUGCAAAUUUUCCCCCAUAUCUGUUGUUGAGGAUACGUACGACACCCGGACCGUGGGCUUCUUCGGACAGGAAAUAGGUCGUAGUCUUGGAGCAAGACUCGACCUAGACGGAAACUUCUGUCUGUCGACUAAGCUGAACAUGAUGACGCCCAGGUUCCGCUUUCCGCCGGAUGAAGCUCGAGCUAGAAACCUUUGGCAGUUUUCUCCGUGUUCCAUCAGCUACUUCAAGGAAUACAUCGGGGAGCUUCAAACUAACUGUCUGGUGGACUCGUAUGGAAACCAGUAUCCCGAGAACCUGCACGAAUACCUCCGGGAGUUACCUGGUGACACGUACGGUGCUGACCAACAGUGCAGACUGACCAACGGUCAAAACUCCUAUGUCUGUCGGGACCUCAUCAUGGACUACUCAACUAUUUGCCGCGGGAUGCCAUGCUUUGUUCCGGAAACUGGUUCAUGCGCACUUCUGCUUCCGGCAGACGGUACCCUAUGUGGAAAUCAUUCGAAAUGUAACCAAGGCGUGUGUGAAGCAGACGUAACAGCCCCGGCAGCUGUAGAUUGUGAGUUCGGGGACAAGAUAGGAACGUGUCGGGAGGAGAAUUGUUACACGGAACAGGAGACAUGUUGUGCCCUGUGUCGGGCCGAUGAGGAAGAGACGACCACCGAGUUUUACACUACUACGACCACUGAGGAGGAGACGACAACUACCACCACCACCACCACCAUACCGACGACUACAACUACUGGUAAAUACCUCUACUAUAAAUACAACCAUCACAUAUCACCCCACCAACGACUACAACUACCACUACCAUUACCACAAUCACCACAAACACCACCACCACAACCACACAUACAAAUUACUCUAACUACUAUCACCGCCGUCACCACAAUAACAAACACCACCACAUCCCACCACAUCCCACAUCCCACCACAUCCCACCACCAACACCAAAAUCACCAUCAACGCCACAAAUACCGCCACCAUAUCAUACCACUAACACCACAAAUACCGCCACCACACCGAACCACAAACACCACAAAUACCACCACCAUAUCAUACCACCAACACCACAAACACCGCCACAACAUCCUAUCACCAACACCACAAACACCCAACCACCAAACACCACAAAUACAGCCAACACAUCCCACAACCAACACCACAAAUACAACUAACACAUCCCACAACCAACACAAUUAA